AUAAUGGGGGUGAUGUCUCUCUUUGAGUGGCUCUCUCUGCAGGGCGAUGGUGUUGUUUGUUGAAGGUGGAAUGCAGCACUCCACGGGCUGUUUGGUUUUAUCUUGUGUCAGCAAUAAAAAAACUGGAGAUGUUGUCAGGAUUUUGACUGGAGGAGAUGGGAGGUGUGUAGUUGUAAAGGUGUGAUCCUAUGAGGAGGUGUGCUAUGUGCUGGUGACUAUUUCGUGUUCUUUAAAUCUUUAAUUCCAUCAAAAAGGUGUGUUUUCAUCCAGCAAAACAAUACGGGUACUAAUUCAAUUUGUUGAUGUUGUUGAUGCUCUUCGGUGCUGGAAAAAACAAUCGAUCGAGAUCUGGCUUUUUGGCUGGUGUGGUGCGUACCGGUGCUUUUUUUAGAGGUGAAAAUUAUUUGAGAUGAGUUUUAACAGGAACAGAGAGCCUACGUUCCACAGUCAAGAGAUGGUGUUUGGAACGAGAGUGCUCUGGAGUGGUGCUAAGAAAGUGGCCAGCAGUGCUGCUGCGAAGAGCGACAAACCGACUUUCCUGAUCGUGACAUCCAUAGGGAACCCAGACAAGGACUAUGCUGGAUCAAGACACAAUACUGGGAAGCUGCUGCUCCAGAUGACGAGACACAAGUUCUUCCCUCACCCAAAGCUAAGAGGUGUCGAGUACGCUGUUGACUUGGAAAGACCGAAUGUUCUUUACUUGCAGACAUUGAACUAUAUGAAUGUCUGUGGUGUCGUUGUUAAACCAGCAUGGCACUUGUUUUCACGUUUGAAAUCCAUUGAUUAUAACGUUCAAUAUGCUGUGGUACACGAUGAAUUGAGUAAAGACUUAGGUGAAGUUCAAUUGAGAAGCGGUAAAGCCAGUCCGCGUGGUCAUAAUGGGCUAAAGAACAUCAGUAAAAUGUGUCAUGUUGAAUAUCAUAGAAUAGGAAUAGGGAUUGGUAGACCUGAAUCAAGGGAUCCUUAUGAUGUUGCUGACUAUGUGCUAGGUGUUCAAUCAAGACAUGAGAGACAAACUCUUGAACAAGAGUCUUUCCCAAAGAUGAUGAAGAUUAUUGAUGAUUUGAGAAACUCAUAGCUUCCUAGGAAUAAUGAUCUAGUUAAAUGAGGGACUAGAUGAACAUGGUGUAUAUAAGAA